UCUUACCAUAAUUAUUUCUUUGCUUUGAUUUAUUUUGGGCUUAAUUUUUUCUUCUUUUACUAGUUUUCUAAGAUAGAGCUUUGAUCAUUGAUUAUAGCCCUCUCUUCUAUUUUAAUAAGCAUUCAGUGCUAUAAAAUUCCCUCUGAUGAUUGUUUUAGCAAUAUCCUACAAAUAUUGAUAUGUUGUAGUUUUCUCUUGUGAUUUCUUCUUUGAUCUCUGGGUUUUUAAAAAGGAUAUUCUUUAACUUUCAAUAUUUGGGGAUUUUCUAGAUAUCUUUCUUAUUUCUAAAUGAAUUCCUUUUGGUCAAAGAACAUACUUUGUAUGAGUUAAAUCCUUUAAAAUUUAUCAUGAUUAGUUUAUGACUGGGCGUAUGAUUUAUGUUGAUAUUCUCUGUGAACUUAACAAGAAUUAUAUACUAUGCUCUUUUGGGUGAGCGUAUUCUAUAAAUAUCCAGUAAGUUAAUUUGGUUGAUGCUUUUGCUUAAGUUUUCCGUAAUUUUCUUUUUGAUUUUCUGUCUACGUAUUCUAUGUAUUGCUAAGAGAAGAGUUUUGAAAUAUUCAACUGUAAUUGGGUUUUGUCUUUUAUCUUUUCAGUUCUAAGAGUUUAACUUCAAAUACUUUGAAGCUUUGUGUUUCAGUGCAUACACAUUUAGGAUUUUUAAGUUUUCUGAGUUUAGCUUUUUAUCGUUAAGAAAUAUUUCUCUUUGUCCUUAGUCAUAUCCCUUGUUCUAAAGCUGUGAAAGCCAUAGAGUUAUGCUAUUCAGACCUCCUUUCCAAAAAGUAGUUUACUUAGCCCACAGCCUCAGCUACAACACUUUUGGGAUUUGCCACAUAUUCCCACUGUGGCUAUGUUCUCCCCAGGGUGCCACAGCCCAUGACUGACCUCUGUAUGUUCCUAGACCACGGCUAUUUCUGCCCAAAGCCAGCUCUUCUUUUGGGCAGUCUCAUCUGGAGAUGCCCCAUCAGCCUGGCUGAGACUUUCUUGGAUCUGCACUGUAGUCUGAGGCUCUUCUGACCCAAAUCUUCUUUCUCCUCUUCUCCUUUCGCAGGUGUCAGACCAACAUUCAUGUGUGAAUCCUGCUCCCUUUCACCUUUAUCUUUCACAAGUGUUUCCCCCAAUAAAUCUUUUGAACUUUUGAUUCAGUCUUGACAUCUGCUUCCCCCAGGACUCCCACUGACAGGGAAUCUACUUUGUCUGAAUUAAACACGGCCAUUCAAGCUUUCUUAGUUUGUAUGGCAUGUCUUAGUCCAUCCUUUUACUUUUUCUCUGUGUCUUUAUCAUUUAAGUGUGCUCCUUUUACUCUGUGUGUUUAUAAUUAAAGUGUGUUUCUUGUAGACAGCACAUAUGGUUGCACUUAGUCUACUGUCUUGCUGUAUGUUUUGUUUAUCCCAUCUCCUCUUCUUUCCUUUUCUCUUUUGUUCUUGCCUUCUUUUGGAUUACUUAAGUAAUCUUCUAACUUUCUAUUUUAUCUCCCCUCUUGUCUUAUAGUUUUUUGCUCAUCAUCUUUAGUUAUUACUCUGGAGUUUAUUUACUGUAUGCCACUUUAUCUUAUCUUGUCCCACUUUCAAAUAAUAUUGGAUUGCUUCAUGUAUAAUGUAAGAACUUCAGGACUUUUUGCUUUUAUUUUCUUCUUCCUGUCCUUUGUGAUUUUGUUGUCAUACAUUGUAUUUAUUACACAUGGCAAAAACCUCACAAUACUUGUUAUUAUUUUUGUUUUACAGAGUCAGUUUCAUUUUAAAGAAAUGAAAAUAUAAGGAAAUAGCUUAUUUUAUAUGUACCCACAUAUUUGCAAAUUCCCACACUUUCAGUUCUUUCAUGUACAUCCAGGUUUCCAUCUUGUAUUUUUUUUCUUCAUGAAAAAUAUGCUCAAACAUUUUUUGUAGUGCAGUUCUGCUGGCUGUGGAGUCUCUGUGCUUUUGUUUGUUUAAGAGUAUUUAUUUAGUCUUAUUUUUUGAAGGAUAUUUUUACUGGAUAUAGAAUUCUAGGUUAACCUUUCCUUUUUUUCUGUCUGGACUUAAAGAGGUCAUUCUGUUGCUUUUCUCAAGUUUCUAAAGAGAAGUUUACAGUCAUUCUUCUCAUUGUUCUUCUAGACACAGUGUGUCUGUUUUUUCCACUCUGCAACUUUGGAUUUUUUUUUUUUUAAUCUCUUGUUUUCAGCAAUUGCAUUGUGAUAUGUCUGGUUCUGGUUUUCUUGUUACUAUCUUUGUUGAGGUCCAUUCAGUUUCCUGGAUUUUUAGUUUGUAGUUUUCAUCAAGUUUGGAAAAUUUUCAGUCAUCAUUUCUUUUUAUCAUUUUUAUCCCCAAACCCACAUCCCAAGACUCUAAUAACAAAUGUGUUAGACUACUUUAUUGUUCUGUAGGUCACUAAGGCUCUGUUCUUUUUUUCAAGCUUAUUUUCCUGUUUGUAUUUCCAUUUGAGUAUUUUCUACAUUGUUUUGUCUUUGAGUUUACUGGUGUCUUUUGCAGUUGAUUAAUGUCCUGAUAAUCCCAUCUAGUAUAUUUUUUUAUUUCAAUUUUUUUUCAUUUCCACAUCUGAUUUUUUGUUAAUUUUCCCUUUAUAUCCUCUUAACUUUCUUUUAAAUCCUUACAUGUAUUAAUCAUAUUUAUAAGUUAGCUGUGCUGAUUCCUCAGCUAUGUCAUUUCCCCAUCUCUUUCUAUCUCAUUUUCCUGCAUCUUUGCAUGUGUAGUACAUUUUUUUGUAUAGCGUUAGAUUUGGGGGAGGGGAGGUUGGUGGGUUUUUGUAUUAUUUUGAUUCAGUGCUAAGUUUUGUUGUCUUUCUCUUAAAAAGUUUUUUAGGCCAGGUCUUUAGUAAUUUUUACUGUAGGCCUGAUUUAACAAUACUACUAAACAGGUUCUUGAGAGUAUCAGACUACUAAAGAAUCUUCUGAGGAGGUGACUUAAAGCCCCAGGUGCUCAACAGAGACUUUCUCUUCUAGCUGGUAAAACCUCAAAUGUCUCCAGCCCUUCGCCAGAUCUGAGAAUGGUUUAUCUCGUAGAUCCUCAUUUGCUUUUGCCCAGUGUUAUGAGGUUUACCUGGCAUGUGUGCACCUUAAUACUGAGCAAUAAACUCAAGCAAAGCUCGUAUGGCUUUCUUGAGCUCUUGUACAGAUCCUUCAUGCCUGGUACUUUUCUUAUAAAAUUCCAUCUGCCUCUGCCUCCGUGGACUCUGUUCUCUGUCCCCUUUACUCAGUAAGACCCAGAGUUCUGGGGUUUCCUCUCACUGCACUGCCAUUUGGAACAGGCAACCAGGCUAUUGCCUGGGUUAACCAUAGGACUCGCCUCAGUUGUUCCCUGUCUCAGGGAUCUCACAUCCCCUGCUUCCUUUAGUCUAGAAUCUGUAAAUAGUUUUCCACAUAUUUUAGCCAGCGCCCAGUUGUUUAGGCUGGAAAGAUGGAUCCAGUCCCAUGUAAUGCAUCCUGGCCAGAAACAGAAGUUUCUGUUUUUGUAGAUAUUCUGGUUGUUUUCUUCUAGACUACAAAGAUAGUCUAUGAGACCAUCCCUGUUCUGAGAGAGGAGCAGUUGUCGGAGGUGGGGGAAGGUGGAGGAGAGAAGAGGCUGGAUGGGUCGGCUGAGGUUGAGCACAGAACCGUGAGUGGGCAUCCCUGGAAAGAGGAGGGCAUGGUGUCUGGGAGAUAAGAGGGCUGUGGCCCUUUUCUUUCCAAGUAGUUUUCCCCAGUCAUCUUUCACACUGAAGGAAUCUAAGUCAAGGACAGCCUGUACAUUCAGACUAUUUCUAGACGCAGUUUCCUGGCUGCAAAAUCCUGUAUCUCUUAUUUUAUCCAUGGAUGGAAUAUUCUUUUUCCUUUGAAUAUCUUGGGCAAUUUAAGUAUUUCUUUUAAUUAUUUUUUUCUGCACCAGUGCUAUUUAUUGAUAACUUCCAGAAGCCAGUCAUUCUGUUAAGGGCAUUCAUAAAUUCAUUUAAUUUUCAUCAGGACCCUCGGAAGCAGGCACUAGUAUGAUCUCUAUGUUAUCCAAGAGGAAAGCAAGGCUUGGAGGGCUUAAGAAGUUUCUGGAAGAUCGCACAGCUUGGAAGUGGCAAAGCCAGGGGCCUUGUAUCCUUCUCACUUCAUGCCCUGUGCUCUUAACCUUAGGUUUUUCUUUCUCUACUGCACACUACCUGUACUUAGAUAUUUCUGUACCUGUCUUACCAGGUCAUGAACUGACUGAGGACAGGGACUCUGCACUUACAUAUUUUAUGUCUUCCAAGUAUUUAGCAGAGGCCUUGCCCACAGCCAGUUGAGGGAGAGGAAAGGAGGGAGAAAUAGUAUCUUCUUUGUUUCUCAUUUUGGGGAAGAAAUAUCCCUAACCUUUUAGAAUUAACUUGCCAUAAAAAUACAUCCUUAUCAACAAGAUUAAUCUUUCCGUGUAACUUUGUUUUGCUUAUUUGAAUCAGCUGACAGGAAAUCUGCUGUUCUAUAAAACAACAGAUGGCAAAAAGGAAAUAUUCAUUAUGGGUCUAGUGUCCAGUAUACAUACCUAGUCGUGAUAUAUUUUGGGAUAAUGUGUUCUAUGAUGUUUGCUCCUUUUAGUCAUACUGAUGAAUUAUUUUCCCUUAUAGGAUUGAUUUUUAUGUUUUCUGCAGCAUUAGGUAAAUAUUUAUGAUACACAAUAUAUAAUCUCAAAUAAUGAUAGAAAUAGCAUAACAGGACCCAGUAAUCAGUAAGUUGAAGUUAUUCUUAUAUUAUUAACCAAAUACACAGUGAUGUCCUAGUGUUAGGAACUAGGGCCCUAUAAUGGUUCUACAGGAAAUAGCUAGUGGGGUACAUUAGCAUCUGCAGGGGAGGAUGUCAGAGCUUCUUGAGGAACUCUCCUAAAAGAGUCUUUCUUCAUUAGCCAAAGGAGAAGCUCGACUACUGGAUGGCAGUUUGCACAAUUCAUCCCCUUUUCGGGGGUCAAAUGUGUAUGUGUUUAAGCCACAGCUGAUAACCCUCCAGUCCAACUCACAAGCUCCAUGUAGGUGGAUAUUUGUCAGGAGGGAGGCUACAGGUAAGGUGAGAAAGCCUUGCUAUUGGAAGCUGUCAAAAAUCAAGUUGGAGACUUCUUUAAAAUCUUUAAUUAAAACUGCCUCUAGCACUGGGGGGUGGGGUGGGGGGCUAUGUGAGAAAAGGAGGAAGAGGGGUGCAACGAAUAGUAUCUUCAGUGCCUGAAACUCUGAGCUUAGAAACACAGAACAGAUACCUGUUAAAGGCAAUACAUUCUGUUUUUAUCUGACCAUCACCCUCUGUUUCUCACAGAUUCUUUUUUGUUGGCCAAAAGCUGUAGAACUUUCAGGUCCAGUGAUUAUGAGAUGCUUCCUCAUCGUUUGGAACUAAAAUGACUUCAUUCAAUGCAAGCGACUUUAAAUUGUUAUCUUCCACCUUUAAUGCUUGCAAAAAGAUCUGUAAUAGAAUAGCUCUUUCCAUAUCUGUACAGCAGGAGCCGAGAGAGGGCAGAAAAGAAAGGAAUGAGAUGUGGAAGGAAAGUCUUAUUUCUCAAGCAAAACAGGAGAAAUCCUUAGAAGAGGGAAUUAUGUUUCCCAUGAUCUUUUUAAGAUGCAGGAUCUUUCCUCUCAUGGUAAUUUUAUAAAAUGAACGAAUAUCCACCAAAGUCGCUUUCUCCUAUAUACAUAAGAGAUUAAUGAGCAGCCAUCAAAGAAUUGAUUUUUAGUCUCUAGUGGCCUGAACUGGCCUGAACUGGAUUCAGGCAAUAAUGUGAAGGCUCAAAACUAAAUCUAUUGUUUUAGAUUCCUGAGCUCCUCCUGUCUCCCAGCACAUUGUUACGUUAUAUUAAACAUUAGUAGUCGGAUCAUAAGAGCCACAGGGGACCACCACUCGAAAUGCUCUUUAAAAAAAUCUAUGAAUCCUUAUCAAAUCCCGUUGCCCCCCAGCUAGGACUUAAAGGGUAACAGAGGAAAGAGAGUUUCCACUUUGAAUAGAAGCAGUCCCGAGGUUGGAGUUUAGGUACCUUCUAAACUAGGCUAAACUUUUUCAGUGAAUUAAUUCAUAUUGGACAUUGUACCUCAUGCCAAGAUGUAAGAAUACAUCUUGUACCGUGACGUAAGAAGUUUGUACAUUCACCAUCUUCAUAAUAUAUUUGAACAAGGUGAUCUAACAAAACAUGGACAUGUUUAUCUCAGAUAUUUUUAAGAGCUCCCACUUGUCUUAAAAUUCUAUUAUGUUGCAUUUUUCCUGGGAUGUUUCUCCAUAGAAAAAAGUUGCAGUACAUAUACUAAUAUAAUAAGUAUUUGUUACAGGCUUCCUGUGGGUAGAGCACUGGGCUUGAUUUUGUCUGAAAGUAUGCAUUUCAUUUAUUUAAUGGAUAUUUAUUGCAUGGUGAUGUAUGCCAUGCGUUGUUCUUGAUCCUGGGAGUAUUGUUAACUCUGUAUUACCAAUGAGGUCUUUGGCCCUCUUGCAACCUCAGUGGGAAAGGCAGACAAUGCACAAGCAAACAAAUGCAUACAUAAUAUAAUUUUGGGGAGAGGAGAGAAGAUGUAUUUGCUUUUUAUCCAGCUUCUAAGUAGCAGCUGCUGGGAAAUUGUAUACCAUGGUGUAAUAACAGCAUGCUCUGACUUUUCUACAGGGCAAAGUAUGGGGUCUUUUCCAGUCGUCCUGAGCAGUUUCACACAUAGACAUGUAAAAUAUGUGUUUUCAGUCCUGCUUAUUCAGUCAAAGAAACCGAGGCCUAGAGAGAGCUUGGGUGCCUUUCUUUAGUUAAAGCUAGUAAAUGGCAUAAGGCUUUUUGAAUCAGACCCAUGCUUUCUGACCAUAAGUUGCAUGGUUUUUCUCUGCAUUAUUGCUUGAUAUAUAUAUUGGAUUAAUCAUCAAAAAUUCUUUCCUUUUUGCAUUUCAGGUUAAAAAAAUCUUUUAGGAGUUGAAAAACUUAUAUCAAGUCAUGACAGAUACGAUUUUUGCUUUUGACUUUAAAAGUACUUUUAAUAAAGCCCAUAUCUACUUAUGGAGAGAAGAAGGAACGGGGGAAAACAGUUUCUAAAAAUUGCCCUUGGACACUGCAUGGGUUUUCAUAAAUCUUAGCCUUCUCAGGGCUGAUUACACUUUGCAGUCUUCCUUAGGAAAUGGAUGAAAAUUGGAGCUGGGACACAAACAGGAAGGCUCUGAGGCAGCAUUUGUCCCCUCAGGCACCACCUCUUUAAAUAGCUACUGUGCACUGGGAAUUAGUUCUCAGUUUAGGCAAGAAGCUCUGUUGCCCUUUGUUUCUCUGGCCCCUCAGGGCUGGAGGCAGCCCGCAGGUCCUGCUCCGAGGUGAGGCUGAGCUCUGCAUGUGGUAGGGUGCCUGUGGGCUGCGAGGCGGCCUCUCCACCUCUGGGCCCUAAGGACUCAGGGCCAAAGGGAUGUUUGGUGCUUCUCUCUUAAGAAUAUCAACUGUGAGACUUCUAACCUGUUCAGAGGUGAGUUUCAGAGCACUUCCUAAAUCAAUAACAUGGGCUACAGCCUUCUUUCUGCAGUCUGGUUCUUCUACUUAGAAGCAGAGAGAAGGAAGCAAAUCGUUGCUCCAGCUUUUUUGGGUGUUUUAAAUCUAUGUUUAAGUGAAUGCAUAGGUGGGGCUUAUAGCUUUAUUAGUAGUACAUAAUGAUAGGUGAGAGUAAACUGUAAUUUUUUAACCUUUCAAACAUUUUUGUUGUGGCAUGAAUAUGUUUCUGAAGCUCAAAUACAAAAGGAAAGUAGAUAAGCUUUAUUACUAAUUUGGGAAAAACUAGUUAACAUAAAUGCAUAAAAAUGAAUGGCUUAGAGGUCUUGGGCUUCCAAUUUCUGUUUUUGAGCAGGAGCCUUUAAACUAUCUAAUCUUUCCAGAUGAUUAUCUAAUUUUAGAAACAUCUACGGAGGUGGACUCCAUUACCCAAGGAAGGUCUUCCACUUCUCAAUAGAAUUAAAAUAUUUCGUCGGCAGGGCUACCAACCUUCCCCUUGUUUUUAGUGCUGGGACAAAGGGCGCCAACCAGAAAUGGCUGUGUUCCUUGUCCUGGUCCCAGAGAAGACGUGUGAGUGAGACAGGAAUCCUCCUUAUGAGCCUGCAGAAAAGGACUCUGCUUGGGCUGUGUAAGACAUGCCUCUGUCCAUUGCUUCUGACCCUUUCCUAGUCUCCGCCUGCUCUGCUCUUACGUGUACUUUCUUGGAGAAAUUGGUGCCUGAGAUACAGUGCACGCUGGAGCCGAAGGUCAUCUGAUGAAUAAUAGCAAGCAGAGGGUCUACUUCAAGCAACACAAAUGCAUCCUUUUCCCAGGAAGGGUUCCAUAGUAUCUGUCCACCUCCUUUCACGUUUACUAGAGCCUUGUCAUCCAUCCAGCCACUUUGUCAAGGCUCUAUAUCUGUCUUUUAUUUUCUUUUUAUUCCUUUUCUUGUCCUUUGUCUUUUGGAGGGAAGGGGAAGUAUCAGGAAGGGUGGUUUUGUUGUUUAUUUGAAUUUCAUUUCCUUUAAAUUAGAUCAGAAUCAUUUGCUUCAGGGUAUUCUGGGUUCUUUUUAGGUAAGUAGCAUCAUCUUUCUAUUUUGAAGGUAUGUUUGUAGUUUCUUUGUUGUUUUUAAGUUGUUUUACUAGUGUAUUUUGUAAUCAAAGGUGAAGUCUACUUUAGCGUCAUUGAGCCGAUUUUUUAGAUUAGAGUGUGAUAAGAAAGCCUGCUUAGAUGGAAUUAUUAUUUAUUUAUUUUUGGUAUUGGGGGGAUAGGGAAAUUUUUUUAGUCUUACCUCAGAUUUCAGGGGGUGGCAGUAAGCAAAAUUAAGUUUCAUGGUAAGGGAUAAAAUUUCCAGCAUGAUGUCUAGGAUUGUGGCAAGAACUUGAUGUGCUCAUUUAUUUGUGAAAAUAAUUUAGCACUUUUGUGCUUUGAUGAUUAUUACUAAAUAAGGAGUCUUUAAAUCUUGUCAUUAAUAAGGAAUUUGCAUCAUAUUUAGAAACCGUUUUGAGUUUCACAUUCUACAGUUUCCUUGUGAUAGCCCUUGUGGUUCUGCCUGUAAUCCCAGCACGCUGCCCUACCCUCCCACCCCAACCCUGUACGUGCCUUAUCUUUUAUACAUUUAGUAAGGCCCUUGUUCACUCUUAAGCCCAGGGAUUGAUUGACUAGACCCUGUGCUAAUCAAAGACAAUUUUAAGAUGUGAUUUCUGUUUAGAUUUGAAAAUGUAAACAAAGGACCUGAUUUUUAUGAUUCUAAGGUAAAGGAAAAAAAAAUCAGAUGGAAAACAGAACAACAACGCCUACCUUAUUACGAAAGCAAGCAGAAUCUUUGCAGAUAAGGAAUUCUGAAGACAAUGGGCGUAAUAAUUCAAGGUUCUCAUAGCCAGGGAUCUGGCAGAAAUUUUAUGAAAAAUAACAAAAUAGCUUAUGAGGUGAGCUGAAAGGAAAUCAGUUGGCCCUCUGUAAUAAGUAGAAUGACAAAGUGAAGUCACAGAUUUACUGGAAGGCCUCCUACUGACCCCAGUUGAGCUGAGUGCAGGAAUGUGUUUCCAAGCCUGCUUAAAACCCCAGAGGUGGUGUUUUGAAUCAGUCUUGCUGACGUAAACACAGACCCUGCCUGGAAGUUUUCCAAAAGCAGAGAGCAAAGGCAGCUCAGUCGAGAUGUGCAGUAUUAUUGGAGUGAGGACAUGGGGAAGCAAUUUACCACCGCCUUGGGAGACUGUGCAAGAGCCUUUGCGCUUUCUGAAGGCGUGGUGCAAGCAGGCAGUCAGGCCAUCACAGAGAGAAGAUUCCACCCACAGUUGCCUCCAAGUGCUUGUCUAAACAGAAGGAAGGAAUUGUUUCUUAGCGAUAGAGAAGCCUGUGGAGUUUUUACGGGGAAAAUCCUAUUGAGAGGAGUGUUUGGACAGUGUGAGGGCUGAUGAGAUGGACAUUCAUUGCGCGGCGACUUUAGUGAUGAAUAAAUGAUAGGCUGACAAAGCUCAGGCCCCAGACAGACUCAGGCUUUAUAAGUGAGCAGAGCAAACAGGUCUUGUCUCUGUUAGCUAUGGACGUCUGUGUAAGUAACUCUCCAUUUGUUAGAUGUAGUUCAUUAAAGGAACAUGAAGACAAUUUUUUCUUUCUCUUAUGAAAAUACAUAAUAAAAUUGGGGCCAGCUAUGUAAAGGAUACCUUGGGUGAAAUGCAGAGUUCUGUUUUUAGACUUUCCAAGAAUCCAGGUUGGUCCUUCACCGAAAGAGAAAAAAAAAAAUCACUAUUUGGGACCUGAAAGGUUCAUUAUGUUGCAUAAAAAGACAGAAGGCGCAGUAUUUCUGAUAAUAGCAGAGAGGUUUUCACCCUGUCUUUCCUCCUGUUCCACAAGUUGCAAUGCUAAUUCCAAAUAGUGCUUCCGUAAACUUCGCCAAGAAUGCUGGAGAUAGGGACACAGGAACGCACGACAGUCUUGCCUGCUGACGCCAGUGAAGAGAGUCUGCUGGUUGACCAGCUACCUUCAAUGCUGGUGGAGGGCAUCCACAGGCAUGGCAGGAAUAGUCCAGGCAGGGUGCUUUGUAGCAAUGUAAUUAUAAUGCGGCCAACAGAGCGUACACUUACUUCAAAAGUUCUUUUUAUAUAACAGCGGAGUAUACACCCGUUGUCUUUCAUUUCAUUCUUUGACAACCUCAGGCUAUUCAGUUGGUGGGAAUAUUUUAGUGUAUUUUAGGUAAAACAUUAGAGAUUUUUAUCACUUGACCAUCUCAGGCUGCUGGUAACACCUCUGCUGCUCCUCCUCCUCCUAACAAAAACCCUAAAGCAGAGUCUCCUUUUGAAUUAGGCAAGUCUGUGGAGAGGCCUCACUAAUAAAAGGGUGCAAUUUUUUCAAGAACUGCUUUCUCAUCUGUGAGAUAGAAGAAGGCAGGCAUCAGCGGUACACAAGUCCAUCUGAAACAUUUUCAAAAAUAGUAUAAAUUCCCAAGUAUCAGAAGGCCUGAACUAUGAGAACGCCUACCACUAGAAUCUGAGGUUUUGAUGAUCGUGGUGGGAGUGGGGUUAUGGAGUGCGUGCAGGCAUUUUACAAAGACUGUGUCACUCAUCGUCACAAAGAACUCCACGCAAAGGCAUUUAUCCCCAGUUUACAGAUAAGGAGACUGAGGCACAAGGAGGCUGUGUCUUCCCCAUGUUUGUACAGAUGAUAAGAGGCAGGACAAGAAUGUGAACCCAAGUUUGUUUAACUGCAAGUCCUAGGCAUUUCUCGGGCACAGUGAUGAGUGAAGGACACAGUUUGUUCCCUGUUGUUUUUCAGUCUGGAGGUGGUAGAAAAAUUUGUUGAGGUUUUGGUGGAAGAGCUGUAGGAUUUGCACAAUUCAGGGAGACCAUUUCUCCUCAUUAACGGGGCUCCCAAGUUCUCUAUUCUGACCUCUCUCUUGAAGGAAUAGAUAGUAGCUACUCCUUUUCCACGGUAAUAUGUAAAUCUUGUUGUCUCUCUGUGUGUGUAUGUGUGUGUGUGUGCUGUCAUGCAAGAAAAUGGGAAAGGAAUCACAUUACUUCUUAUGAAUUGCAAACAUCUGAGAAAAAAUGUGUCAUAGAGAAUUAUUGUGUGUUCUUAAGCCCUAAGAGGACUCACUGAGCAUUUUCAGUAAUAAUCUGUUUACAGUUGUGCUUACUGAAGAUUUGGCAUUUUGGCAGUUACUUGACCAUUUUGGAUUUAUAAACUGAUUCAUUUGUCAAAGUCCGGCUCAAAUUCCACACCCCCUUUCUCCUUAAAGCACUGCCUCACCACUGCCCUCACACUGUCACCUUCUGCAGAUUCCUAAAGACUAGUCUAUCAGUAUCUUUCCUUUAAUAUUUAUAUAUCAUACUCAGCAAGGUAGGUAUUCCUCUAAAAGCAUCCUCUUGUCUCUGGCUAGCCUGUGGGCCUCUGUUGGAUGCUGAUUGCUUCUUCUACCUCAGAACAUUCCUCCUUCCCCAUUGUUAGUAUGGAGCUGACCUUUUGUAUUAGUUGAUUUCUUGGUUAAUUAUCCUCCCAUUGGUUCUGUUUUUGUAUCAUGCACCUACUUAGUUUGUUCUUCUCAUGCAGUUCUUGAACUAUUUGAAGACGGUGGUCACGCGUCCUUGGAGCCUUCUCAGUUUCUCCAGUGCUUCCAACAUUUCCACACAUGGUGCAGCUUCCCGUGGGCCCUCUUCAUCCAUCCUGCUCUGAAUUCAGCCCUGGCCGUCAACAUCCUUCUCUAAUGUGGUACCCAGAGCAGAAUUCCAGGUGAAGGAGAACAUAGUGAAGACAGUUUGACAUCCUGAAAGAUCAAGUUCAGAACAGUCAGACCAAAGAGUGAGAAUCCUCAGCCUAACUGCCACUUCACAUCCGUAAGCAGAGCGCUGGCCUAACUCUGCAGCUUAAGCAGGGCUCAGAACACCUGAGGCGAUCUGCUGACAUUCUGAAAGUCCAUCCCUCGCUGCCGAAGAAUUAACAGGAUGCUCUCCAAUGAAUCCCUACAACCCCCUGCGUUCAGCCGCUCCAAUUCGCAGGCCUCUGUAGACAGCACCUCCCUGGAGGAUUUCUGGCGGGAAACUGAAAGCAUCAAAGAGAAUAGCAUGGGAGGUCAGGACGAGCAGACGCCGGCCGAGGUCAAGCCCCUGAUGAAGGAGAACUUGAAGCAGAGUGGUUGCAAGAUGUAGGUUUAUCCACCCUGAUCUCAGGUGAUGAGGAAGAGGAUGGCAAAGCCUUGCUCUCCACUUUGACUCGGACCCAAGCAGCUGCAGUGAAGAAGAGAUAUAAUACUUACACGCAAACCCUGAGAAAAAAGAACAAGCAGUCUGCCAGGGAUGUCAGAGACAUCUUUGGAGUCAGUGAAUCCCCUCCAGAUGAUUUUUGUUGUAUCUCAACUCCUCUUUUGGAUGGGACCCUGGACGAAGAAGGGAUAUCAGCAAUUCCCUGCAGAAAUGGUCAACUGCAGAUUGCAUCUUUUAUCCUUUGAGCAAAUCUGGCAAGAAAUAUCUCUGGAUACUAAAUUUUCAUAUCCAAAAAGCUUAAAUCCUAAACUGCCAGGUGAUACCUGUGACAACCAUCCUAGGCAGUUGGAUGGCCCCCAGGAGGAAAAGGAGCUGCCAGGAGUUAUCAAAACAAGUGGUCCUUUGCCAGAUGAUGCUUCUCUCAACAGUACUACCCUGUCAGAUGGGUCCCAGGAUGAAGAAGGGGGUCUUGCCGUUCCCAGGAGUGGCUCCAUGUCUAUCCUUGAGACUAUUCCAGAUGUGCCGGUUCAUUCCAAUGGGUCAGUGGAACCUGGGCAGUCCGUGCAGAAUGCGGUGAGCGAUGAUGACUAUCUGGAGAAGAACAUUCCAUCUGAAGCCGAAGAGCUCUCCUUUGAAGUAUCUUAUUCAGAAAUGGUUACAGAGGCUCCAAAAAGAAAUAAAUUUAAGAAGUCAGAUUUUAAGAAAGAGGACUAUGUUUUACCUAAAUUUAUUGUUCAGAAAACCAGAUUUGGCCUCACUGAAGCAGGAGAUCUGUCCACUGAAGACAUGAAGAAAAUCCGCCAUCUCUCUCUGAUUGAAUUGACGGCCUUUUUUGAUGCCUUUCGAAUUCAACUGAAAAGAAACAAAACAGAGAAAGUAAAAGGACGAGACAGCGGGAUUUUUGGAGUCCCUCUUACAGUCCUACUGGACAAUGACCGAAGGAAAGACUCUGGAGUGAAAGUUCCUCUUGUGUUACAAAAAUUCUUUGAGAAAGUUGAGGAAUCGGGUCUGGAAUCUGAAGGAAUUUUUCGACUUUCAGGAUGUACUGCCAAAGUCAAGCAAUACCGUGAAGAACUGGAUGCCAAGUUUAAUGCUGAUAAAUUUAAAUGGGACAAAAUGUGCCAUAGAGAAGCUGCAGUGAUGUUGAAAGCAUUUUUCAGAGAACUACCCACCUCUCUCUUCCCUGUGGAAUAUAUACCUGCCUUCAUCACUCUAAUGGAAAGAGGGCCGCACAUCAAAGUACAGUUUCAAGCCUUACACCUCAUGGUCAUGGCGCUGCCUGAUGCCAACAGAGACACAGCCCAGGCCCUCAUGACAUUCUUCAAUAAAGUCAUUGCCAACGAAUCCAAAAACCGGAUGAGUAUAUGGAACAUAUCUACUAUAAUGGCACCAAAUCUUUUCUUCAGUAGAAGCAAACACUCCGACUGUGAGGAGUUACUCUUAGCAAACACUGCAGCCCACAUCAUCCGCCUGAUGCUUAAGUACCAGGAAAUCUUGUGGAAGGUUCCAUCUUUCUUAAUCACUCAAGUCAGAAGGAUGAAUGAAGCGAGCAUGCUGUUGAAGAAACAGCUCCCAAGUGUCAAAAAGCUGCUGAGGAGGAAGACCAUAGAACGAGGGGUUACAAGCCCCAAGACUUCAAAGGUACUACAGAAAUCACCCUCUACAAGAAGAAUGUCUGACGUGCCAGAGGGAGUCAUAAGGGUCCAUGCACCCCUUCUCUCCAAGGUGUCCAUGGCCAUUCAGCUCAACAGUCAAACCAAAGCCAAAGACAUACUGGCAAAGUUUCAAUACGAGAACAGUCAUGGUUCUUCGGGAUGCAUUAAAAUUCAGAACCAAAGAUUAUAUGAAAUUGGAGGUAAUAUAGCACUGCUUGGAUCCAGAUGCUUAUAUAUUGGAUGUGUAUCAUGUAAAUCCUCAAGCAGAAUGGGUGAUUAAACCCCAAGCAAUUGUUUGAAAUACCUUCCAAGAUGGCAGCCAUCGUGUCUACAUGCCAAGAAGUCCUUCCUACAUUGAGUAGGGAAAAAAAACAAGACUGCUUUUGACAUGUUAGUUCCUAGAACCCUCUUGGUGUUUCUCAGCCCAACUGGUGUCUCCGGCCCAUGUCAACACAAACUGUGCAAGAGGAGCAGCUGGUUGACCAUCCAAGCUGAAGCUCUCUUGAUGGUUCCUUGAUAGCAGUGAAGGAAAGAGGAUAUGACCUUUCUAGAUGAAAGGCCAGUGGAGAAUAUGAAGCUCCAAUGAUUUCUAACACUCUGACUUCACAGCAGAGAUGAACUUGGUCCUAUUCCUGGGAAUAAGAGACACUUCUCGGGGUAGCAGAUGCUACCAAACACAAGAGAUGGAAAAGACUUUUUUUAUGCUUAUGUUUUUUAUAUAUGCAUAUUGACCUUUUUGAACAAGAAUGUCAGAAAACCAAAACUCUCUGCUCUGAAAAAUAAUUCAGAUCUACUUUCCAAAGAGAAUCCGUUUCCAAAGUCACUCAUACAAUAUUUAUGCUCUGAAUUGGAGGAGGAGAAACUUCUGUUUCAAGACCCCUGUAUUGUUGUGUGUGUUGUACUGUAUAACGGCUGUUGGCAUUCUGGUGCAAACGAACAUUUUCCUGUCAUGGACUCUUGAAAGUUGAUAUUUUCAAAGUGUAUUCUCUUAUGAGCACAAGUCCUCAUAGUUAAGGUAGGUUGACAAAGGGUGUUCUUGUGCUUUUAUAACCUCCGGUGUAGUCAACAGUCACAGAGCCUCUCUUUUCUCAUCAUCGUCAUGGUGCUCCGUGAAUAGCUUUUCGUGUGCCAGGCACAGAUUUCCUUUCUUAAUCAAACAUAUCAUUUUUUUUUAUAUUUCAAAAGCAUGGAUAAUCACUUCUGCAGCCCCAGUUUUAAAGUGCAGAACUGCCUGUGUCCAACUGUUCUUUAUCCAAGAGUGCUGAAAAAUCCUGUUAUAUCCAGAUUUUACAUGCGGUAAAAGCAGAUUUUGUUUCUGUUCAUCAAUCAUAGACUUGGCCAGGCCCUGUGGAUUAGCAUCCGGCUUUCAAAUCAGAUGCAUGGUUGGUGAGCUGAAAACUGCCUCGCUAUCAAGAUCUGUGGAGCCAUUUUCCAGAGCUGCAAUUGGUGAGAGAGAAAACACAUUUCUCCAGGAUUCUAACUGAGAGCGAAUCUCAGAUGUGCCAAGGGGUUGGACAGCCUUGCCUUUCUCCUGGAGACUGUGAUACAGUCCAUCUAGGGGUGGCCGGAAGUGGGGACAGAGGUCUCAUUUAUCCCACCUGUGGAUUAGAAUCUAAAGGUUGAGAUUUUGAUCAAUUUAUAUCAGGUUUAAUGAAACGUAAUGCCCUAAUGACUCUCUUGCAAUUCAAGUAGACAAAGUUGCUCACAAAUGCAGAAAACAUUUCAUCUGUUUACCAAGUCUCAAAACAUAAUGUGAUAAUAAUUUAAGGCCAUAUUAUAGAAGAAAUCUUUUAUAUGCUCAUUAUGCCUUGGUAUCUAUAAAAAAAAUUACUUAUAUUCAACAUGUAGAUAAUUGCAUUUCUGGCCGCUAGAAUUUUGUUAUAUUUUAAUAGAAAACUCAAAUAUCCAUUCAUUUCAUUUAUUUGAGAAUUUUUAUCUCCUUUGCCUGAAAAUCCAUUAGAAGAUAAACAUGUGUUCUGUUGGUUUAUAUUUAUUCCUGCAUUUCAUCCGUUUUCAGUAGACGGCAUAUGAGUCUGCAUAACAAACUUUGAGGGUCUGAAAAAAUAGUGUUGUCAUUUUUGCAAUUCAAACAACAAAAGUAAACAUUAUACUUCUGUAGUUGCUAAAGUCCAAAACAUAAGAUGGCAGUAAUUUAUGCCCCUAUACAUGGAGGAAAUUCUUCAAAUUAGCUGCCUUACAUGUCUGUGUGUAAAUUAAAACGGCAACUGAUUUUUCUCAUUGAAUUUCCUAUCAUUUAGAAAAAAACCCUGUUUUGUUUAGAAAAAGUCACGGAUCUAUCAAUUUAAUUUUUUAUUUGUGAAUUUUUAUUUAUUUUCACUGAGAACACAUUAGGACUGAUUGUGUAAGUUCUGAAUGUUUUAAAAUUUAUUCCAGUAGUCAUUGGUUUUAAAUAAAUGGCUAAUAGAUGACAGGUUAAAAACAAUUAAUUCAAAAAUUAAUUCUGAAUUUUCACUAUUGUGUGGUUUUAGAUGUCAAAGGCUUAGCCCAGUCAGUAACUUUAAAUUAGUCACUUUAGUGCAUUCAAGGAUGUGUGACGACUGUGUAAAAAUGGGAGGCCAUGUCAAUGCCCGUAUCAUUGGACCUAACUUGUAUUCUUUUUGGGGUGGGGGGAUGCAUUUGCAGCAUAUGGAGGUUCCCAGGCUAGGGGUCAAAUCAAGCUACAACUGCCAGCCUAUGCCACAGCCACAGUAAAGCGGGAUCCAGGCUUCCAUCUUCAACCUACACCGCAGCUCAGGGCAAUGCUGGAUCCUUAACCCAUUGAUCGGGGAUCGAACCUGCAUCCUCAUGGAUCCUAGUCAGGUUUCUUAACCACUGAGCCACAAAGGGAACUCUCUUAAGUUGUAUUUACUCAUAAAAGUUACCUAAGUGAUUACAGAAGAAUUUCCAGUAGACACACAAACUAAUCUUUGUGUGGUUAAAGAAGUUCUUUUUACUAAUCUUAAUCCUUUUUUUUUUAAUUACUUUUAUUCUUAAUGAAUAAACAAACCACCCCUAUGAUUAAAGUUAAAAACGCUCAUCACUUAAGUGUUGAAAAAACUAUCUUUCCCUUAGGAGGAAUUGUUUUUAAAUAGUUAUAGUAAUCUGUAAAAAUGAAUGGUAUAAAGGCAAACAUGAGUGCUAUAUCUGCAAACAAAAGAAGAGUCAGAUACUGGGCUUCUAAAUUCUCUUCUUGAUAGCUUCCCCCUCACCUUGUCCCAGGCGCUCUUGGUGUACAGUUAGGGAAAUGGUAAAAGCAUUAGAGAAAGUUAACGUUUUAGGAACACUUCUUCAGAAAAAAAAAAAAAUAACAGAACAGCUCAUUCUUUCCUCCGUUCUGCAAAAGAAGAUCCUUUUGCUGAACAGCUCACUUGGGGAAACAAUUCUUGGAGUCAGUGAUCUUUGAACAAACUGGAAUAUUAAUCUUUUUACAAUGUAUAUACGAUAUAAACUACCUCACUUGUAUGUCUUGGGGAAGAAAUUAAUGGACGUUAACAAUAUUUGUUAUAAACUGUCCCUGAAUCAUAUUAUUUAAGUCACUUCAGCUAGCCUUCAAUGUACAUUUAAUAAUAUACAUUUAAUGAUGUAAAAUAUUUUUAGGAAAAGCUUUAAAACCAAAAAUACCCUGUAACUGUGAUGUGUGCUGUAGACGCUGAGGGAAUCUGUGUCCCUCUCUCAAUGUCUUGUGUGUCCAGCCAUGUGGAGACCAGGUUUGCAAACGUGGGAAUUAACUCCUUCUCCUUUCAUCCCUUUUCACGUGCUUUCCCCACAUUGCAAUUGACUAAAAGUACCGUGAGAUUAAAGUGCCCCUUCUUUCUCUCAGGCCUGUUUUACCUGUUUUCCAUAAAUGUAUUACAUGUCUGAAAGGAAUAUAGAGUAUGGGCUUGAAUAGUUCCUAUUUUCCGACAGGCACUCGCAACUGUUUUUUUAUAAAUAUGUCAUGUAAUAAAAAAUAAUGUGACAUGAGUUAAAAUGUUUCUUUCAAACAUUCUUAACAGUUUUACACACACAUAUCUUAAUCUAAAAAUAUCGUCUUUUCUUUCGGCAUUCUCCAACUGUUUGCUAAAACUAUGUGAUUAGAUUGAAAAAACCAUAUAUUAUCACUAGGUCGCCAACUUUUUAUGUUGUCUCCAAUCUCGAACAGAUUGAUUCUUUUGUCCCAUCAGUUUCAUUGUUAAAUAUAAUAUGUAUGUUGCAUUUUAUCCAUAAAAAUAAAGAUAAAGAAGUGGAA